AGGCUCAGGGACGAACCGCACAUCUGCUCUCUUUUGGACGCUACAUGGCGGCGAUAGUACUGGCCAUGUCCAUCCCAAUGUUGGCGUUACAGUUUCUCCUACCACUCUCAUGCCACGCAGUGAAUCCUCAGUCCCAGCCAGAUGUCGUUGAUGCCUUUAAGGCUUUGGCUGCUUUUCCAUACGCAGUUGCCAUGGCGGACACUGAUGACAGUGGUGAUCUUGACUGCAUGAUUACACAUCGAACAAAAUUCAGUAAACAACCACCCAGAUUUGGGUAUGCCUCUUCCAUCAAGGGCCGAAAUGGUGUUAACCGCGCUAUAACGUACCACAUCAAGCCUGGCCCCACAAUUGACACAACAGAGUUCACUGUCGAUGAUGAUUAUAGCCAUGUGUCGCAAGCCCACUUCCUCUUCUCAGACUAUAAGGACUGCAUUCUCAUGGAACUUCCCAUAUAUGACAAACCAGUUCACCCGUGAGUGUGUACUGUGGACAAAGGAGAAGAACGCUGACAAUGUUCCAGCCAUUUGUAAACAACAACUUGAAGAGAAGUGCGAAAAUGCUACAAUAUCCUACGACGAAAAAACGUGCAAUCCAGUUGGUUUGUAACUAGGCGUAUGAAGACAUCACAUUUUCAAAACACCAGUGUCAAACUACGAAGACAAAAACGCACUAUAACUCAUGCUUUUGUACCUCGUGUUUCGAAGCAUAUUUCUAUAGUUUAAUGAAGAUCGACGUUUUCCCAAUAAACUUUAAACUAGGUUAAAACC